UGUCUUGUUACAACGUCAAGGUCAGGAAGUGUUUAGUCUCAGGUUUUCAACGGUUCACAACGCUGAACUCUGCAAGUCUGCAUAUUUAUCUAUCUACGCACCACCCACGCUCACGCCCUUGCACGCUCAGCACAGGGACAGACAGACAGUCGAGAAAAGAGGAGUACAUAACAUAGACCACUCCACAUCAGAAAGGGUGAUGUCUGCGCGACAGCUGAUGAACGAAAACAUGUCGACCGACGCUGGGGAUGACGCCCUUCAAUGUGAUCUGGGUGAACAACUCGAUGUUCUCCAAAAUCAUGCUUUACAAAAGCAUGAGGAGUUCUUGGACAAUCGUACAAAAUUGCUGACGAAAGGAGAAGACUUGGAGAAAAUCUGCAGUGAGAUCAAAAAUGCCAAGGCCAAAAAUUCCCAGAGGAAAAUGCAGUUAGAAAAGGUGACAUUCCAAAACACAGACUUGAAAAAGCUGGUGGUUGGUGAAGAAUUUUCGAUUUCAACCUUGAACGACAAGCAGAAGAGCAUUGAAACCAAAAUAAAUGCUUCAAAGGCUGAAUAUCUGAUUAAACUUCGUGAAUAUGAGAUGAGCAUGGCGAAGAAAGCUGCUCAGUUUUCAAUUGCUCCUCAUGAAUAUGGAUUCAAGAAGGUGAGCGCUGAGGUGGACUCAUUGUUGGUGAAAACAUACAACUGUGCCACGAAGAAAGUGGCCGAAGCUGAGAAUGCCAAAAACCGAGAGUUGUUCCGGCUUGCGGAAGUGAAGAUUAAAGCUGCGCCAGUGUUGCAAGUUUUGAAUCUUCUGAAUAAGAAGAAGCUGACAUGGGAACAGAGAAGGCUCUGCAAAGCGGUGAGUGAUGUAGAAAAAGAAGUUGAAAUGUUGCAGGCCCAGAAAAAACUGAAUUUGAAGAAGUUGAGUGAGUUGGAUUGGGUAUAUAGUUUUGACAGAAUGUAAAAAAUUUCAGUUUUUAUUUUCCUAAAUUAAUUAAUAUGAAACUGAUGCUGGUCCAGUUGCAUUAAUGUGUGUGAUUAAAUUGAUUGAUGCUGACAAGUGGCAGUAUAGUUUUUGAUAUGGUAAAAACUUCAUUUGCCAACCUUCAUAAUUAUUCAUGAUAUUGAACCAGUUAUCAUUUUUCGCAAUUAUAUCGUUUCAUCUGUCUUCAGUGUCAUGAAAUAUAGCUUGCUCUCUCUAUUAAAAUGAUUCAUGUCUUGCUUUAGUAAUGAUAAUAAAUAUGAAUUAAAUUUCAUGCAACUGUUAUGAAUGAAUAGUU